AUGGCCAGGUGGCUAAAGGACUACCUGAGUUUCGGGAGCAGGAGGUCCCCCCCGCAGCCCCCCAAGCCCGACUACAGCGAGAGCGACAUCCUCAAGGCCUAUCGUGCCCAGAAGAGCCUGGAUUUCGAGGACCCUUAUGAAGACCGCGGCAACACGGAGCCCAAUCCCGGGGGGUCUCCCAACAAGGUGGCCGCGGGGCCUGGCUCUGAGGGGGGGAAGUUCCCCUCUCCCAAGCACAGACUCAUCAAAGUGGAGUCUGCCGACCUGAACAGGAGCAGAGCUCUGCUGGCGACGGCAGAUGAGGAGCUGACGGGCAGGCGGGAGCAGGUAGGGGCUGGGACCAAGUACUCAGACCCCUUUGAUGCCCAGCAGGAGCUGCAUGGGGAUGGGGAGGCCGAGGCACUGCCCGAGAACAAUGGCUACAUGGAGCCCUAUGAUGCCCAGCGCGUACGGGUGAAGAAGUCCCGGAAGGGGCUGCAGCUGUACGACACCCCCUAUGAGGAGCGGGAACGAGACGCCGAGGACAAGGGCCGCGAGAGCCGCCUGCCCCAGGACGACGAGCGGCCAGCAGACGAGUACGACCAGCCCUGGGAGUGGAAGAAGGACCACAUUUCCCGGGCCUUUGCAGUACAAUUUGAGAGCCCCGACUGGGAGCCCAAGGAGCGCCGGCAUCCCCCACGGACCCUGGCAGGCAGUGCCAAGCCCAGCCGGUCGCAGAGCCCGGAGCGCAGCCCCCCCAUGGCUGAGCGUGUGGACCCCUCGCUCCCGCUGGAGAAGCAGACGUGGUACCACGGCUCCAUCAGCCGGGCGGACGCUGAGAACCUGCUCACGCUCUGCAAGGAAGGCAGCUACCUGGUGCGUAACAGCGAGACCAGCCACCACGACUACUCCCUGUCCCUCAGGAGCAGCCAGGGCUUCAUGCACAUGAAGUUCACGCGGACACGGGAGAACCGCUUCGUGCUGGGGCAGAACAGCGCACCCUUCGCCAGUGUGCCCGAGCUCGUGCACCACUACACCACGCAGGAGCUGCCCGUCCGGGGUGCCGAGCACCUCUCGCUGCUGUACCCCGUCUCUGUGCAGACGCUGUGA